AUGGAAGCUCACAGGAAACGCAUUCGUUGGUGUUGUGUAAAUGAACGUGAAUAUAAAAAAUGUCAAUCAUGGUCAAAUGCAUUAUCAUCAUCAAAUAUAACAUUAUCAAAAUUAAUUUGUAUAGCUGGAUUAGAUAAAUUUGAUUGUUAUAGAAAAAUUUUUAAUGAUGAAGCAGAUUUAAUGACUGCUGAUUCAGGUGAAAUAUAUACAGCUGAUAGAUAUUAUAAUCUUGUACCUAUUGCUAAUGAAAUUUAUGCACCAACUUUUAAUGGUAAAUAA